CCCGCUGCCUCUCUGGAGCCCUGCACUUGGGCGCCCUGCCCUCACCUGCUCUCCGUGGGGCAGCUGCCUCCUGCUCGUGCGGCCAUGCGGCGGCUGUGGCCCCUGGCCAUCUGUCUUGCUGCCGUGUGGGCUGCGGGACUCAGCAGGGUCUCCGGGGGUGCCCCUCUGCACUCGGACAGGCGCAGAGCUGAGGCCCAGGAGCAGCAGAGCCGACCCAAGAGAGGCACCGAGGAUGAGGAGGCCAAAGGGGUACAGCAGUAUGUGCCUGAGGAGUGGGCCGAGUACCCCCGGCCCAUCCACCCUGCUGGCCUGCAGCCCACCAAGCCCUUGGUGGCCACCAGCCCCAGUCCAGACAAGGACAGGGGCACCCCAGGCAGCGGGCAGCAGCUGAGAGGCAAUCUGACGGGGGCACCGGGGCAGAGGCUGCAGAUCCAGAACCCCCUGUACCCGGUGACAGAGAGCUCCUACAGCGCCUACGCCAUCAUGCUCCUGGCCCUGGUGGUGUUCGCCGUGGGCAUCGUGGGCAACCUGUCGGUCAUGUGCAUCGUGUGGCACAGCUACUACCUGAAGAGCGCCUGGAACUCCAUCCUCGCCAGCCUGGCCCUCUGGGAUUUUCUGGUCCUCUUUUUCUGCCUCCCUGUUGUCAUCUUCAAUGAGAUCACCAAGCAGAGGCUGCUGGGUGACAUUUCUUGUCGGGCCGUGCCCUUCAUGGAGGUCUCCUCUCUGGGAGUCACGACCUUCAGCCUCUGUGCCCUGGGCAUCGACCGCUUCCACGUGGCUACCAGCACCCUGCCCAAGGUGAGGCCCGUCGAGCGGUGCCAGUCCAUCCUGGCCAAGCUGGCUGUCAUCUGGGUGGGCUCCAUGACGCUGGCCGUGCCUGAGCUCCUGCUGUGGCAGCUGGCGCAGGAGCCCGCCCCCACCACGGGCACCGUGGACUCGUGCGUCAUGAAGCCCUCGGCCAGCCUGCCCGAGUCCCUCUACUCGCUGGUGAUGACGUACCAGAACGCCCGCAUGUGGUGGUACUUCGGCUGCUACUUCUGCCUGCCCCUCCUCUUCACCGUCACCUGCCAGCUGGUGACGUGGCGCGUGCGGGGCCCCCCGGGCAGGAAGCCGGAGUGCCGGGCGGGCAAGCACGAGCAGUGUGAGAGCCAGCUCAACAGCACCGUGGUGGGCCUGACCGUGGUCUACGCCUGCUGCACCCUCCCCGAGAACGUGUGCAACAUCGUGGUGGCCUACCUCUCCACCGAGCUCACCCGCCAGACCCUGGACCUCCUGGGCCUCAUCAACCAGUUCUCCACCUUCUUCAAGGGCGCCAUCACCCCCGUGCUCCUGCUGUGCGUCUGCAAGCCGCUGGGCCAGGCCUUCCUGGACUGCUGCUGCUGCUGCUGCUGCGAGGAGUGCGGCGGGGCCGCGGAGGCCGCGGCCACCGACGGCUCGGACAACAAGCUCAAGACCGAGGUGUCCUCCUCCAUCUACUUCCACAAGCCCAGGGAGUCGCCUCCGCUCCUGCCCCUGGGCACGCCUUGCUGAGGCCCGAGCAGGGGCGGGCGGAGCUGCCACCCAGCUGGUGUCUGCCGUUUUUUCCCCAUAGGUCUUGCUUUGCUGCCCGUCUUGCUGUCUAGAGAUGGAUUUGGUUCCUCUCGUCGAGGUUUGGG